CCAUUGUAAUUUAUGGAUGCUUGAAAUAUAUGUCGAUUAAUAAUAAUAAUAAUAAUAAUAAUAAUAAUAAUAAUAAUAAUAAUAAUAAUAAUAAUAAUAAUAAUAAUAAUAAUAAUAAUAAUAAUAAUAAUAAUAAUAAUAAUAAUAAUAAUAAUAAUAAUAAUAAUAAUAAUAAUAAUAAUAAUAAUAAUAAUAAUAAUAAUAAUAAUAAUAAUAACCAUAGGAGAUUAUUUUUGUUCCGCUACAGCAUUCGUUUGUAUUACUUAGCAGAACAUGGCUAACAGGCAACUGCGAAGUGAAGUUUUGAAACGCGCCCUGAAGGCAUGCAUCGUCCAACCGGUAAUAAGAAAAUAUCAGGUAGUAGCCGUUCGUGCGAUGUGGGGAAGUGAUGUUGAUGCCCGCGAGGUCAUUUGGGGCAAGAGAAUGCAGAUGGAGAACAUAUUGCUUAGCAACGAACAAGUAUCCUGUUUUUUUUCUUGUAUUACCUAUAUGGCCAGACCUCGUAAGAGAAAGUCGAUGAGGAAUGAAGGGGAGGAAGAAGAAGGAGCCGACUCUAGCAGUGAAGGUGAUAACAGAAACGGCGCAAAUGCGCCUGAAACAUUUCCUGGCAUUUCUUUCUGGAUCGCGUGCGACUUGCCAAACUGUACCUUAAGUCAAUUUGAAACAAAUUUGUCGAAGUCUUUUAUGCAAGCCGGGUUGAAUUUAACAACGUGCAAUGCUAUACAGACAAGAGGUAAAUACUUGAACCUUUUAGUACUUGAAAUACUGUCAAUGUUUUUCGAAUAUUUUACGCCACAUUUGAUAUUUGUAGGCAAAACCAGUGCAUUGCAAGCAUUCUCAGGAUCGUUAUACCAAGUCUUGAAAGACCACAAUAGGGAAGAAGCAAAACGGAUAGUUGAGAUAUCCCAUCGCACAAUGAUUAGGAGUGCAGCUAGAGAUGAAGGUGUUCAACUUGACCACGUUGCUGUAAUGGAAAGCGAACAGUACUCGAUGAAACCCUGUCAGUUAAUUCUAACAAAAAAUAUUGAUAAAGAGGUAUAUCAAGAUGUAAUUCGUGGUUUAUCCGAAAUCAGAUUUACAUCGCUUGAUUUAAAAGUAAUUGAUAAAUCGGAAGGCACAGAAGUAACUAUUCCCGUUAAGCCAACUAACAAACUUUGUCAAUCCGUGGAUAUAGUUCGAAGGAUGAUGGAGAGGAAUAGCUUUGGACUGUGCAAUGGAGGUGUAUACAAAAAAAUAGGAGAAAGCAGAUACACAUACGUUUACUGUUGUUCGGUGAAAAGCUAUCUCUAUCGCUCGUUGAAAAACAAAGCAAUCGCCAACGAAAUUACGCCAAAUUUACGAGAGUUGGUAUUUUUGCUGUCGGACGGCGAGUGUCAAAUAAUUGAUCAAAUAACUCUGGAUUACAAUUACAUUGAAUGCUUGCCAAAUGGAGUUUGUUAUAACAUCGCCAAAAAAUGUUUCGAUGUCAAGCCAAAUUUAAAGGGAUCUCCCCGAGCAUUCGUACGGUACUUUCAUCGUGAGGGAAAAAAUCCCGAACCAAAGCCAUUUAUAGAAGGUGUCGAAAAUAGUUUCCCAGAUAGAAAUGUGCGGUUGCGUUUUUAUCAAAAAUGGUACCAAAUUUUGCUCGCCGGUCAGUAUCCCAUGAAAGAAAAGAAAUUGUUGCUGGUAGGUCCUCCUGAUAGUGGAAAGACUAGUUGGUUUGCUCCAUUUCAAGGCAUUAUUCCAGAAAUGUACAUUGCUGGCGUGGUUCGGGAUGGUCGAUUCUCAGGCCACCUGAUAAAUAGAAAUACACAAGUCGUAUUUAUGGAUGAAUGGACUAGCGACAGUCUAUGUUGUGAAGAUGCAAAAAGAAUAUUGCAAGGUAAGUCGAUGUCGAUGCAGUACAUGAACAUUUACUUUGAAUAAAAUGUGGCAAUGUGCAGAUGGGAUACCACUUUCUCUUAUAGGCGGCUUGGUUAUGAUCCCGCAAAAACACAAAGAACCGGCCCGUUUUCAAUACAAUUCGGGUUUUUUUAUAACAACUAAUAUAAUGCCGGACUUCGGAAAUGGUGUAGAUGGUGAGGCUAUCCUGCGUCGUCUUGAAGUUUUCGAAACUAAGACACUUCGAGUGAAGGACAAUAGCAUAACAAGUAAGUAUCUCAUGAGAAUAAAUGAUAACAAUGGUGUAAAUCAAUAUGCAUAAAAAUAAGUAAUGACUUUUUUCCCGUAGAGUGGAUGAGAAUGCACUGCAUGGAAAUAUUUGUGUACGUUGCCAGCCAGUUGAAAGACAUCUCGCUUUUCACCAGCGAAACCAAUGUUGCGAAGAAAAAUCAAGUAGGCGCUGUGUACAAC